UUAUAAAUACCCACAACUCCAUUUUCUCUCUCUCCUCACAUCGAUCAAAUCCCAAAUUUCUGAAACCCUAAUUCGUCUCUGAAGAAAUGGCUCGUACUAAGCAGACUGCUCGCAAAUCCACCGGCGGCAAAGCUCCGAGGAAGCAACUCGCCACCAAGGCUGCUCGGAAGUCAGCUCCGACCACCGGUGGAGUCAAGAAGCCCCAUCGCUACCGCCCCGGAACCGUCGCCCUUCGUGAAAUCCGAAAGUACCAGAAGAGCACUGAGCUUUUGAUCCGCAAGCUACCUUUCCAGCGCCUCGUUCGUGAAAUCGCCCAGGAUUUCAAGACGGACCUCAGGUUUCAGAGCCAUGCUGUUCUUGCUCUUCAGGAAGCUGCUGAGGCUUACUUGGUGGGUCUGUUUGAGGACACCAACCUGUGCGCGAUUCAUGCCAAGAGGGUCACCAUCAUGCCCAAGGACAUUCAACUAGCUCGGAGGAUUCGCGGCGAACGUGCUUAAAUUGCUCGUCUUCUUAUUAAUUUCUUAGGUGUUGAUUUAGGCAAAGCAAUUUUAUACUUUUUGUAUAAAAGUAUGCGUACAUGAACUUUUUAGGAUUGGCAUAGUGUAGCAGUAAUUUCUUAUGUUUUCGACUUUUCGUUAGAACCUUCAAUUGGAACGUGUUCCUUUUUGGGAUAUUGGAGUAAUGGAAUUUCAUCUACUCUUGCUAUCAAAUUUGUUAAUGAGUGUCA